AUGGCUGGAGUUCGCGCACUGCACAUCAGCAAUGGCUACCACAACCCUUUAACUAACACUAUAAAACUACAACAGACAUUACGAGGAAUAGAAAGGAAACACUUUUCGCUAGUAAAACAAAAACUACCUAUAACAUUUGACCUACUCUGUAAAAUGUACAUUUUCAUCGACCUAGCAAACCCGGAUGAUACUGUUUACUGGUCGGCUAUGACAAUUCCUCAUUUUCAAUUACUACGGGCCAGCGAAUUCAUGAGUACCGAUUCUUCAGAUCCUAUGCUUACAAUCAGCGACGUUAACAUUACUACUACAGCCAACAACGAUGAAUAUCUGGYGUUACACGUCAAAACGUCAAAAACUGAUCAGAAACGACAGGGAGUGACACUCUACACCGGUCACGCGAAACACAYGGUCUGUGCUGUUUGCGCAAUGAAGUCAAACUUACAUCUACAGCGUCUACGUUCGCAAGACAGGAGUGACGGUCCACUGUUCGGCCUGUCUUCGGGAUCAACCUUAGCUCGCUUGAACAUGGCUAACUAUCUCGCGGUACUCUUACGCCUACUAGGAAUUGACUCAGGAUCUUAUAGCAGAAUAACUUUCGGAUCGGUGGCGCCACAUCAGCAGCGACUGCCGGACUCAAAGACUACGAGAUUAAGCUCCUGGGAAGAUGGAACUCCGAUUGUUAUAAACGUUAUAUUCGUUCACCAGUGA